GUUUAGAUCGGUUUAAGGAUCUAAGUUGACUCAUCAUCAUCUUCCAGAUUCCAAAUCUUUCUUCUCUCUUACCAGAUCGUCGACGCUUUGACCUCUCUCGCAAUCUCUUCUACAAGUGAAUCGCCGGAUCUUCCUGGGAAUUGAACAUAAUUUAGGGUUUCGAGAUUGUUCUCUCGUAAUUCUUCCUUCUCUCUGCCCGAUGGCGAACAAUAGCUCACUGGAAGCUUCUCCUUCUCAACCACCGCUCUUUCUGGAAGUUUUUUGUGAAGUUUCUGGUAAGGAAUACCGAUUCACAAGUGGUACAAAGGCGAAAUUUGCUGUCUCUGUGAUUAACAAGAAACUUGGUUCGUUAAAACCUAGAGUAGUGUUCAUUGAAGCAGUAAAGGAUGGUGAAGAACCUAUCAGUUUUGGUGAUGAUGCUUGUCUUGUCAAUUACGGACAUGGUUGGAAGUUGAAGACAGUGGUUGAUUCUGAUUUUCCUGGAACUGAGAAAAACAAUCUACAACAGCACUUUCCUUCUGUAAUAUCAAUGGAUUCCAAAGAUUCAAAGUACACAAAGGAUUCAAGACCAGAAAUUGGAGAUCAGAGUCUAAAAUACAUUGGAAGAAUAUUUUUUGCAUUUGUUUUGAUGUUUAUUCUUGGUGGCCUCUUCACAGUGGCUCUUGAGAACCUUCCCAGACUUAUAUUGCUCUUUAAAAACUCGUCCAUGUAAACAAUUGACACUGUCCAAACACAAAGACAUGUGGAGAUGUAUCUGUCAUUCUUUUUCUAUCUUUACUAGUUCAUUUAUAAACGUAUUUUGAGGCAUAUACAGUUUUUUUUGUUGACAUCAA